CUGACGUCUUCUCGGAGCACAAAGUGAAAAACGCAUCUCGGUGAGAUGCUGCUUCAGAGCCCUCACGGAUCCAGCAGGGCGGGCUUCUGUCUCCUCUGACUCCUCCAGGGAACGCUUUCUAUUAAUAACUGUUUGAUUCUCUUCCGGCUCCUUUAUUUUUUAAUUUGCACUGAGAUCUCUUUUCUUUUGUGUGUGUGUGUGUCCGAUGGCCACCACCGUCCCCAGCAUCAGCACCACCACCUCCACCGGAGGGCCGUCGGGCCAGCCAGGACGGCCGGGAUUCAACCAGCACACCUAGCAGGUCGCUCCACUACCCAGCUGCCUUAACUGACCUUUGAAGAACAACAGGACUCUUCUUCAUCUUCAUCAUCAUGAGGCAUCAGAGAGUCCACUGAUCGAACCAGAAUCCUAAAGAUGACAGAGAGCCGGAGGAGGAGGGAGCCGAGAGACGCAGGACGGCAACAAAACUAGGACAAAAAGGAUGUGAAUGUGACUUUUUUAUCUUAAUGCUGUUCAUUAAACCAAACGUCCCCGAAACAAACUCAACAUUUCAAUCCAGCUGUAAAAAACAACAACGUUCAGCUUCCUCAGAAAACCAGCGAUGUGAUUGGAAGACAGCAGCGACGAUUGUUGAUUCACGAUUAUUAGCAUCCAACACGACCACGAUUGUCUCCUACUGACUUUUAUUUUGUAAAUAUGGAGUUUUAAAAUUAAAAGACAGCAAAUAAGAUUGUGUCAACCAAAUCAACAACGAAGCCACAAGAUUGUACAUCUCAAACCAAACCGUGCGUUGGAUAGAAACGAGCCGAUCUAAGGGACUACAGUUCGGAAACAGAGGACACACAUUUUUUUGGACGUCGGGAAUCGAACUCAUGAUGACUCACCUCCACGCCGGCCUGAACUCGGAGACGACGGAGAAGGCUCGCUUAGAGCUCAACGAGAACCCCGACACGCUGCACCAGGACAUCCAGCAGGUGCGGGACAUGAUCGUUACACGGCCCGACAUCGGUUUCCUGCGGACGGACGACGACUUCAUCCUCCGCUUCCUGAGAGCCAGGAAGUUCAACCAGACGGAGACCUUCAGGCUGCUGGCCCAGUACUUCCAGUUCAGACAGCAGAACCUCGACAUGUUCCAGAGCUUCAAGGUGGACGACUCCGGCAUCAAACGGGCGUUGAUGGACGGAUUCCCCGGCGUGUUGGAGACUCCAGACCAACAUGGCCGAAAAAUACUCAUUCUGUUCGCCUCCAACUGGGACCAGAGCAGGAACUCCUUCACAGACAUCCUGCGGGCGAUCCUUCUCUCUCUGGAGGUUCUGAUUGAGAACCCUGAGCUCCAGAUCAACGGUUUCGUCCUCAUCAUCGACUGGAGCAACUUCUCCUUCAAACAGGCCUCCAAGCUCACGCCCAACAUCCUCAAGCUGGCCAUCGAGGGCCUUCAGGACAGUUUCCCAGCCCGGUUUGGAGGGAUCCACUUUGUGAACCAGCCGUGGUACAUUCACGCCAUGUACACCAUCAUCAAACCUUUCCUCAAAGACAAGACCAGGAAACGGAUCUUCCUGCAUGGUAACAACCUGAACUCGCUCCACCAGCUCCUCCAGCCCGAGUGUCUCCCCUCAGAGUUUGGAGGAACUCUCCCUCCGUACGAUAUGGGGAUCUGGGCCCGGACGCUGCUCGGACCGGAUUACAGCGACGAGACGGAGUACACGCUGACCUACGACGCUCUGCACGUCAGGGAGGGAGGAGGAGGAGGAGGAGACAAGGAGCUGAUGAAGAGGUCUCAGUCGGCGAUGGAACCAGGAACUCUCCGGCAAACGGACAGAGAGACCAGCACACCGCUACUGGCCCUGGACUGAACACACACACACACACACACACACGCACACACAAGACCCGUCUCUCUCUCACACACACACACACACACACACACACGUUCUCGCUCACACACCAGCUGUGUAUUAAGCCGGUGGAUUUGAACUCGCGUACUUUUAGUCCUGUUGACCUGAACUCUGACAGUGACUGAACACACACACACACACACACACACACACACACACACACACACACACACAGUCUGUCUCUGAGCCGUCUAAUGCCUCUCUCCAGCCGGCAGCAUCUGUCCACGGAUGUCCAACGACACGCACACACACACACACACACACACACACACACACACACACAC